UUUUAAUUUUAAUUUUUUCUUGCUUAACCAUAUUAUAGUCAUAUAGACAUAUUAGUACUUAAAUACAACUAAUUCUUAUAUUAUGAUAAAUAGUUGAAUCUUAUAGUAUUAUUUUAUCUGCUAUUCGUUUUAGUCAUCGUUUCCUUUAUUCUACUUUUUGAUCUGUACUAUUUUGUACAUCUUCUAAUGCUAACAAUUUAAAAGUAUUGAUAAUAAAUCAAAAUGAACUUUCUACCAAAAUCUAUAUACUCUAGUACAUCAUUGGCUUCAAGAAAUUUAGCAUUGUACUGCGCCAGCUCUUCAUGUAUUGAUCGAUCACAAUGCCGCAAAUUUCAUUUUUCAUCACCCUCACGGACUCCUGGAGAUAUUAUAUGUCCUUCUUUAGUUCAAGGAAUUGAUUAUAUUCGUGACCCUCGAUUAAACAAAGGCCUUGCUUUCACUUUGGAAGAACGACAAGCACUUGGUAUACAUGGUUUGAUGCCACCAAAAUUUAAAACACAAGAAGAACAACUUGAAGUAUGUCGAUUUAGUGUCAUGAAGUAUCAGGAAGAUUUGAAUAAGUUCUUAUACUUGGCUGAAUUACAAGAUCGCAAUGAAAGACUUUAUUUUAGGCUUUUAUCUGAAAAUAUUCAUAUGUUAUUACCAAUUGUUUAUACUCCAACUGUUGGAUUAGCAUGCCAAAAGUUUGGUUUGAUUUUCCGCCGUCCUAGAGGAUUAUUUAUUACCAUUAAUGACAAAGGACAUAUUUAUGACUUGUUGAAAAAUUGGCCAGAACCAAAUGUUCGUGCAAUAGUAGUUACUGAUGGGGAACGUAUCCUUGGCCUAGGGGAUCUUGGAGCAUGUGGUAUGGGUAUACCAGUUGGUAAAUUAUCAUUAUAUACUGCUUUAGCAGGAAUCAAACCUCAUCAAUGUUUACCAAUAACACUGGACGUGGGAACCAAUAAUGAACAACUUUUAGAAGAUCCUUUGUAUAUUGGUCUUAGACAAAAGCGUAUUUUGGGACCUUUAUAUGAUGAGUUUAUAAAUGAAUUUAUGGAAGCUUUAGUUAAACGAUAUGGACAAAAUGUAUUGAUACAAUUUGAAGAUUUUGGAAACCAUAAUGCUUUUAGAUUCUUGGACAUGUUUCGUAACAAAUAUUGCACAUUCAAUGACGAUAUUCAAGGUACUGCAUCUGUAGCAGUUGGAGGUCUUCUAACAUCGCGUCGUUUGACUAAAAGACGUAUUUCAGAAUCAACAUUUUUAUUUUUGGGAGCAGGAGAAGCAGCCAUUGGUAUUGCAAAUUUAACUGUACGAGCUAUGUUAACUGAGGGAUGUUCAUUAGAAGAAGCACGUAGUAAAAUAUGGAUGAUGGAUAUUGAUGGUCUUUUAGUAAAAAAUCGACCUGAAGGAAACCUACAAGGCGAUAAAGCAUUCUAUGCUAAAGAUCACCAAGUUAUGAAAAGUCUCCUUGAAGUUGUCAAGGAAAUAAAACCAACUGUGUUGAUUGGUGCUGCUGCAGCAGCAGGAGCUUUCAAUAAAGAUGUGCUUGAGCAUGUUGCUUCUUAUUGUGACAAACCCAUUAUUUUUGCUCUUAGUAAUCCUACAGCAAAAGCUGAGUGUACUGCCGAACAAGCAUAUACUCACACUCAAGGUCGUUGUAUUUUUGCAAGUGGUUCGCCAUUCCCACCUGUUACUAUAAAUGGACGUACUAUUACACCUGGACAAGGAAACAAUGCUUAUAUCUUUCCUGGAGUAGCUCUUGGCGUUAUCAGUACUGGAAUACAUCACAUUACUGAAGAUUUAUUUUUAAUAGCGUCACAAGAAUUGGCUAAUUUUGUAACUGAAGAAGAUUUGGAGAAAGGCAGCAUUUAUCCUCCAUUAAAUCUGAUUAAGGAUUGUUCUUUACAAAUUGCAAUCAAAAUAGCAGAAUAUGCUUAUGAAAAAGGAAUCGCAUCACAUUAUCCAGAGCCAAAGGAUAAAAAGAAGUUUAUUGAAUCACAGAUGUAUGAUUUUAACUAUGAUAAUCCACUUCCACCCAAAUAUAGCUGGCCAGAAGAAACUGAACCUAUAAAAUCUAAAUCUAUUCAUGAUCUUACAGGAGAUCAUUUGAAAAAACACUAAGAAUAUUUAUCACAAAAAAGAAAUAGUUAAAAACAUUUUAUCAAUUUCAAAUAAUUAUAAUUCAGUAUUUCUAUUUAAUCAUUUUAACAGUAUUCAUAACAUCUAGUCAACAUUAUUAUGUUAACUACUAACCUUAAAGCUUUUAUCUUGAAAAUUUAAAAUUUAGAUAUGUUUACUACAUGUUAACUUUUAUUAUACAUAUAUUCAAAAAUAAUAUGUAGGUUCUUAAAUUUUUUAUUCUUUAGAUAAUAUUAAAUAAGUGUUUUUAAACAAUAUCUAUUGUAAGUUUGUUAUAGAUAUUAUAAUUUAUAAGUUAUUUAUUUAUAAUAGUAUAACAUGACUUAACCAUUAGCUCUAAUUUGUCAAAGAUUAAUGCAUACAACUUAAAUAAUAUAAUGCAUCAUAGACCAUAGUGAUAUAAAAAGAAAUUACUACAGUUGUAUACCUAUUAGUAUUUAAGUGCAAUAAAUAAAACCAUUUGGUAUUAAUUUAUUGUAUACCUAUAAAAAAAAAUCUGUUAUAGCAGGUAAACAGUUUUAUGUUUUUAUAUUCAUUGUUAUGUAACUUAUUAUAACCAUUCAAUUUAUUUGCAAUAAAUAUGUAUAGAUGUAAAAUUA